CGAGCGGUCUUGUUUCUAGGGUGUCUAGCAACAGCAGCUAUCUGCCCAGACAGCCGGCGGCAGCGGGAGCGGUGUUUUCUCGGCGCGUCUACUUCCCACGACGGUUCGCUGUUGGACUUUUUCCCUCAUUAAUAGUCGCGUGGCUGAAAAUAUAGUAGGGGGCACGAAACCCACCCUGACCCCUGCACAGAGAUAUGAGCGGCAGCGGGCGGCCCAGGACCAGCUCGUUUGCUGAGCCGCCAGGAGUUCCAGGAUCCGCCGCCGCGUCCACCGGACCAGCCGCUGCCGUGGGGAGCAGCACAGGAAAGUCCGGGGUCCCGCAGGCCUCCGGCACCAGCUCGUCGGGAUGCUCGAACCUUAAGCUUGCUAGAGACAGCGGGAAGGUGACGACAGUGGUGGCCACACCAGGUCAGGGACCGGACCGCCCACAGGAAGUCUCUUACACUGACAUCAAGGUGAUUGGAAAUGGGUCGUUUGGUGUCGUGUACCAGGCUCGGCUCAUCGACAGCCAAGAGAUGGUGGCCAUCAAGAAGGUUCUGCAGGACAAGAGGUUCAAGAAUCGGGAGCUACAGAUCAUGAGGAAGCUGGACCACUGCAACAUCGUCAGACUACGUUACUUCUUCUACUCCAGCGGCGAAAAGAAAGAUGAAGUGUACCUCAACCUGGUGCUGGACUUUGUCCCCGAGACGGUCUACAGGGUCGCCCGUCACUUUAACAAGGCCAAGAGUAUCAUUCCCAUCAUUUAUGUGAAGGUGUACAUGUACCAGUUGUUUCGCAGCCUGGCGUACAUCCAUUCCCAGGGCGUGUGUCACCGAGACAUCAAGCCCCAGAACCUGCUCGUCGACCCAGAAACUGCCAUCCUCAAACUGUGUGACUUCGGCAGUGCCAAGCAGCUGGUCCGCGGCGAACCCAAUGUGUCGUAUAUCUGCUCGCGGUAUUAUCGAGCGCCCGAGUUGAUCUUCGGUGCCACGGACUACACGGCCAACAUCGACAUCUGGUCAGCGGGCUGCGUGCUUGCCGAGCUGCUGCUCGGACAACCCAUCUUCCCCGGGGACAGCGGGGUGGACCAACUCGUGGAGAUUAUCAAGGUGCUGGGAACUCCGACGAGGGAACAAAUCCGAGAGAUGAACCCGAACUACACCGAGUUCAAGUUCCCCCAGAUCAAAGCUCAUCCAUGGACCAAGGUGUUUAAACCUCGCACCCCUCCGGAGGCUAUCGCGCUCUGCUCCCGGCUGCUGGAGUACACGCCGGCCUCGCGCUUCUCCCCGCUAGAGGCCUGUUCGCACGCCUUCUUCGACGAGCUGCGCCAGCCCAACACGCGGCUGCCCAGCGGCCGGGACCUGCCGAUGCUCUUCAACUUCAGCACCACUGAGCUGUCAAUCCAACCGCAGCUGAAUUCAACUCUCAUUCCUCCUCACGCUCGCUCUCACACAGCUGCUUCCGCCCACGACGGCACCGGUUCAGACUCAUCUCAACACAGUUCAGUACCAGGAUCUCUGAACAGCAUCUGAAGCAGCUUCUCACCUGCCUGCCUCACACACACACACACACACACACAAACGCACACUCACUCACUCACUCACUCACUCACUCACUCACUCGCUCGCUCACACUACAGCUUUCCUCUGUGCUGCUUGCUCUCCUCUUAGAUGAUCUGUUCUUGUACAGUACACAAAUUGAACAAACUAGUAGUAAUUUAGCUGCCGGGAAAUUGAAACUACCGCAGGAAAUUGUUACACACACACACACACACACACACACACACACACACACACAGAGUCGUCCUGCUGCUGCUCAGGUGGUAUGUGAAGGUUCAAUAGUGGGGGCUGGUCCUCUGUUAUAUAACCUUUUUUUUUUUUUUUAAUCAACAUUUUUUUUCCCCCUCAUUUUCUUCUUCUUUGUAUUUGUUUAUUUAUUUGAAAGCAUCCUGUGAGCAUCACCACAUUUUUUUCUUCACAGCCCCCCCCCCCACUUCAGAUAGUUUUUUAGAUUCUUCCAUGUUUUUAAAUAUGUGAGUUUUUUCGACUGCACGCUGCUUGACCAAGACUAGUAGCAGCCCCAAGUAGGGCGUCAGGGUGAUGGACAUUUUAUUAAACUUGGGGAAGGAGAUCAGACUGAGAAAUACAUAAAUUCUCCAGACGUAUUAUCCCAUAUAUGAUGUUUUGGACUGAAUGAAUAUUCCCCGACUCUAGUUCAGUUCCCUGCUCGAGUGGCAGCACCAGGUAGAAUCCGUCAGUGUUUGAAUCGGAGGUCGUCUGUCGUAUUUGUCUUUGACGUGAAUCUUGUUCAGUAGCUGUAUUUUUCUAAACUGGACUAGAAAUCACCAGACAAAGUUCUUCUGAGAACAAAAACAAUGAAACAACAGUCCCCAGACCUGUCUGCAGUUGUAAAUGGACUAAAAUUUUCUUUUUGCAUUUUUUACACUGAUUGAGACUCAUUCUCAUCUUUUAAAAGUGAUUUUAUCAUUAAAUUAAUUCACCCAUCAGGGGGUAGAGGUCGUUUCUUAAAACAAAUACUUCCAGAGGGAAACUCCUCGACUCCUGCUGCUGUUCUUCACUGAGUAUUUAGAGUUGAGAGUAACGUCAGUGGUGAAGGAACGAGGAGUUCUUCUUACAGAGCGAACGAGGCUGUUUGUUCUUUGUCCUUCCAAAUCAUCUGUCGAUUUGUGCUCAGUGGAUUAUUAAAUGGCUGUUUAACUUAAAUUGGAAAUGAACACCGAAGCUUAUCCCGGAUGAUUAAUUAUAGAUCGAGGGGAUUCACUCGUUACUUGUAUGUACAAUUUACCUGCUGAAAGAAAUGAAACAUUAAACUUCCGCCCCUUUUUACCAUUAAAAAAAAAAAAGAUCUGUUUAUUUUGCUUCUUUUUACAUUUACAGUAGGUUUCUACCUCGACUGGAGGACGUCAACGAUUAUUAUUAUUAUUAAAACAUGGUGAAUAUAAUAUUUGGCAAAUUCAUCAUAUCCCCUUUACAGUUUCUUGUUCUGACUGUUGACAUGUAUUCAUGCAGAAUAAAAAAUAUAAAACCUUCAUCCUGAUCCCCUGAAAAAAUACUGGAAGAGAAGUAGCAAAUACCAUCUACAAGGUCACCUUGGUGGAAUUAAAUAGCAUUAAGAUAAAAUAAAAUGUUUUCCUCUGGGAUUGCAUGUUUUAAAAUGCGGAUACUUAAUAUAAACCCGUGUAUUUCUUUUGAGUUCUGAUGAGUCGUUUGAAUUAUCGACUGACACGACUUAGAAGCGGUGAUGCAGCUUCUUUAGCAAACUUUGAGGAGGAAGCUUCGUAGAAACGAUGAAAACAGAGUUAUAGCAAAUUAGUGUUGCAAACGUAAGUUAACUGCGAGAAUCAUAAACGUUAAAAUAACAACAAGUAAAAGUGUGUGUGUGUGUGUGUGUGUGUGUGUGUGUGUGUGUGUGUGUGUGUGUGUGUGUGUGUGUGUGUGUGUGUGUGUGUGUGUGUGUGUGUGUGUGUGUGUGUGUGUGUGUGUGUGUGUGUGAUCCCGCAGCGCAGUGUGAACAGCCAGUGUUUUAGGAGUAGAGCCGUCAAUGCAGAUUUCCAGUGAGCAGAACAGACCACCUGAAAGUUUGUAGUAUAGUAUAUUUGAUACUCUUGUACCAUUUCACUGCAGCCAUGUUUGUUUUUAUCCCCCUUUUUUAAAUAUAUAACUUAAGAGCUCUGAGGUUUUUUCUUUAAUUCCACCAGACAUGCACAUUCAUUUCGUAUGAGGAGAGUAGAGAGCUUUUUUUCUUCCUUAUUCUUUCCUCCCAGCUGCUUCUGGGUUUUCAAACUAGCAACCUCCCGGUCCGAUGAAUUCCUGCUGGACUUAACUCUGCUUCUCCCUGCCGAGUCCAACCAGCUUGUUUUGAUUGAAUCUCUCGUGGGUGCGUCACACUCGGAGCCGACAGACUCUCUGUAGCUAUGAAAAGGUGUGUGGGUGGAAACAUCAACAACCCUGAGAGAAGAAUCAAACAUGGCUGAUUUCUCUCGAUAUCAGAAGCCUUUUUCUUCUUCUUUUUAUCUCGCACAUGUAAAUAUCACUGAUUUUUAUUUUUUAUUUUCCUCUUUUUACUUUUUAUUACAGAAUUGUUUAUAUCUUAUUUUCCCCUGUUUUCUCGAUGACGCCGUCUUUAGUUUGUGCAUUAUUUUUGUAAAUACGUUUCUUUUUUCCACAACUCCAAAUGUAAAUACUGCAAAGGAAAAGAAAAAAAAACAGUCUACUCCUCAUGUUUGUUGAUGAUCCUUCUCUCUCGUUCUCUUGUCACUGUCGCUCAGCUCUCCCCCCCGUCGGUUCCUCUGUGGGACGUCCUGACUGUUGAAUGAAUAUUGUAAGAAGGGUUCUGUUCCAAAAUAUCAUAAUCUAAUAUAAACAUUAUAGACUUAAAGGAUGGAGGCCAGUUGUGUUGGAUAUUUGAGCCAUGUAACAGCGGCAGAUUGAGUCUGAAUCUGGUCUAAGAUGCAUGAAUGUCUCCAGCCUGCCUGUUGAUAUGUGCUGUUUUCUGCAGAUUCUCCACAAGGGGGAGCUGUUCAGUGGUUUGUUUUGUUUUUGGACAAGUUGUACACAUCUCCAAUUUCCUGUUGUUUUCUUUGGCUCUUCGUAACCUCUUGCGUAAUUAUUGUAGAAUUAAAAGAACUCCCUUUGUCUCUCCGCGGUAACCACGACGACGCACAAAUCGCAGAACAAUGUGAAUGACAAUAGCUGCCAACUGAAAAAAAGUCUUACAUUUAUUUGCUCUGGUUUUGGUCUCUUCCAACUAACCUCUGACUCUUCAGCUCCACCACAUUCACCAGCUGGUCUCUAACUGUGUCUCGUUGCUGUUUGGUGCUGAGAAGAUAGUGAACAGUGGGAAAAACAGCUUCCUGCUGCCUAAAAAUCUAGGAAUUUGACUGUCGUCAUCUGAAUAAUGAGCUGAAACUCACAGUGAAACACAGGGCCGCUGCAGAUCUGUGGGUUCAUCACUACAAGCUACACCUUUAUAUAGUAUCCUUUGAUAUUCUUAUAAAAAAUAUUUCUCUUUCACAUUUCUUCUCACAUUUCUUGGAACAGAACUCUUUUGUUUUGUCGUUUUCAGUGAAGUCACUCGGCCGCAGGUCGCUGGUGUUUUUUCUGAUCAUGUGUAAACGUUUGACUUGAAGUGUUUUUUCGUCAGACUAGGAAUCACACUGUGACGUCCGGCUAUAGUUCUCAACGUGGACCAUUUUGUAUCAUGUGCUUUGUGGCAUUCAGGUUUGCUGCCAACAGUCACAAGAUGGCAGAUGUAAAACUUUAGCGCUGUGAAUGCAGACGGAGCUAGAAGCUGUAUGUGUGUGUGUUUGUAUCCAGGCAACAUGCAGACAUGUGGUAUGUUAACGUUACCUCUGUUCUUCUACCUGAGGGAGCUCACUGCAUCGCUCCACAUGUUGAUGUCACUUUAAUUUAAUGUUUUUUUUUUUUUACUCCUCAUGUCGGUCUCAUUCUGCCCCGGUGGACUGAUGAUGUGUUUGUUGGGCGAUGGGGGAGAAUGAGAGAGAGAGGAACACAAACCUGUCCGUCUCUGUUCUGUGUACGUACGAUUAUGGACUCAUUUAAUGUAAUAAAGUGAUGAAACUGUG